AUACAUAAUAUGUUUGUCAGCAUAGCAUGCAAUGUCUUGAAUAAAAGUUGGUUACUCAUUGGAACAAGGAGAGGCUGUGUCCAAGUUUUUCUACCAAACAGAUAUCACAAAACUGUCAAUAAACCAAGCAACUACGUCUCAUGCAGCUCGCAGCUUAGUGAAACAGAGUUGAGAGACAAGCUGCGAGUCUGUAGCACUACUAAAGAGCUGGUGACCAGGCUGAGUGAAGUGUUCGUUCAACAAGGAGUUCCAGAGUCCAGACUGUCAGCAGAGUACAUAGUGGCAACUAGUUUUGGCUUGAGUCGGAAACAGUUGCUUCGUGGAGAGCCUACUUUGUUAUCCCAACUAGAGCCGUUUUACAGCACUUUGACACACAAUGCACUUAGACGUCUUCUCCGAGAACCAGUGCAGUACAUUGUGGGUAAUUGGGACUUUUAUAAUUUGACUUUGAAGGUCAGACAACCUGUCUUAAUACCUCGUCCGGAAACCGAGGAGUUGGUAGACAGGAUCCUAAAGUUUUGGAAGAAUGUGUUGCGUCGAGGCUCAACCGGUGAAGUGACAAGAUGUUUAGAGAUUGGAUGUGGAAGUGGCGCCAUCAGUUUAUCUCUUUUGAAAGGUUGGAAGGAGUUCACAGGGAAUAAUAAUAUAUUGAAAGUGACUGCACUUGAUAUUGAUCCUCAAGCUAUCACCUUGACGAAAGAAAAUGCCUGCAUAGUUUUAGAAGAUGAACAAAAGCGGUUGUUAGAUAUUCACUUGCAAGAUAUUACAAAAUUUCGGUUAGAUGACAAUAAGUAUGACUUUUUGGUAUCUAAUCCUCCAUACAUUCCAGAAGCAGAAUAUCGAACCUUGCAACCGGAAGUUAUUCAAUACGAGGCAUCAUGUGCGUUAUUAGGAGGAAAAGAUGGAAUGGAAAUUAUUCGUGUUAUAUUGAGAGGUGCAAAGAAUUGGUUGAAGACAGGAGGCACAAUAUGGUUAGAAGUCGAUCCUUCACAUCCUAAACUGAUACAAGACUUUUUACAUAAAGAGCCAAAUGUAGGAGUAGAAUUAUUGCAAGUUUUUGAGGAUAUGAGUGGUCUUGCUAGAUAUUGCAAAUUGUUGGUUAUCUGAUUAUUGUUGACUAAAAUAAUAAUGCGAAUGUUCCAUUCUAUUACAUAUCAAUUUUCUAGUUGUUUCACAAGUAUAGCAGUUUUAUAUGGAUAUUGAGUAAUAAGUCUUCCCAUAAAACCAUCUUAUUAUGUAAAAACGCUUCUGUAACUUUGGAACACUAUGAAAGAAAAACUUG